AUGUAUCCACGCUUUCUGAGCAGCAAUUAUCCACUGUCGAAGGAUCUUUUCUUCUCAACCAGAUAUUCGUUUAGUCUGCUCGGUUUGAGAUUUGAGAAGAAGCCAACAAUUUGGUCCACACUCUGGUUAAUCUUUAACUUUGUGAAUCUGGCACAUUGUUGCCAGGCCGAGUUCAGUUUUGGAUGGUUUUAUAUUACGAGCAGUCCUGUGGAUGCCAUGGACGCCUUCUGUCCACUCGCCUGCAGUUUGACAACGCUCUACAAAAUGGCCUGCAUGUGGAAAAAUCGCUCUGAAGUUUCGCUUCUCAUGUCUCGCAUUCGACAGCUAACGGAACAGCAGCGUGGAGAGCAGCGGGAGAAGUUAAAGAGAAGCUACUACAGAAUGGCCACAUUGCUGGGCAUGCUCAUGUUCACUCUGGGCACCGUCAACACGGCCGCUUUUGUCCUACGCUCCCUCUGGGAAAUGUGGAUGCGACGUCACGAGGCAUUCAAAUACGACAUGCCCUUCCGAAUGCAUUUUCCAGCCAUCGCUCAUCGCCUACCGCUUUAUCCCCUCGCCUAUCUUUACUCCACUUGGAGCGGUCAAGUCACAGUUUAUGCCUUUGUCGCCACCGACGGCUUCUUCUUCAGUUUCACGCUCUAUGUCACGUUCCUGCUCAAGGCCCUUCAAAUGGACAUAGAAUGUGUGCUUAAAUCGGUGCAGGAUCCAAGUCAACGCGAUUCCGAGAAGUGCUGUCAACAGUUGCACAAUAUUAUCGAUCGUCAUAACGAUAUCGUUGGGAUCGUGCAGCGUUUCUCAGUGAUUAUGGCUGCGCCUACAUUUGCCCAGUUUCUAUCGGCCAGCUUGGUGAUCGCCACCAGUGUUAUCGAUAUACUGCUGUAUUCUGGCUAUAAUAUCAUACGUUAUGUAGUCUAUGCCAGCACCGUGAGUUCUUGCCUCUUUCUCUACUGUUACGGAGGCACCGAAGUGUCUAUGGCGAGUUUGGAACUGGGCGAAUCGGCGUACAAUAGCAGCUGGUAUCAGUGGGAUCGUAAGGUGCGACAACGUGUCUAUCUGCUCAUAAUGCGAGCCCAGCGACCCAUUAUUGUGACAGUGCCCUUUUUUGUGCCCUCAUUGCCGGCAUUUACAGCGGUCAUCAAGUUUACGGGCUCCAUUGUGGCGCUGGCUAAAACCAUACUCUAGUCUCUUAUCAACAAUAUGCGAAAGAAGUUUUGUAACAAAGAAAAACAACCCAGAAAACUACAGUCGUGUUGACAACUAUGUUGCCGACUUAAAUCAACA